AAUAGCACAACCACUGUGAGCUGUGCGCGACUCAUCUCAUCCAAGAGCACGUUUUAUCUUUCAUUAAUCAGUUGCUUAGAAAGAAGGAAAUGACAUCCGGUCCAUUCUUCUUCUGCAUCUUCAUAAUUGGAAAAUAUUUCACCCUUGGAAGUGCACAGGAUGUCAGCUGUCCCCUUGGCUCCUUCCCCUGUGGGAACAUCAGCAAGUGCCUGCCUCAACUGCUUCACUGCAAUGGUGUGGACGACUGCGGGAACCAAGCUGAUGAGGACCACUGUGGAGACAACAAUGGGUGGUCUCUACAACUGGACAAAUAUUUUGCUAAUUACUACAAACUGACUUCCACAAAUUCCUUGGAGGCAGAAACUUCCGAAUGCUUGGUUGGCUCUGUGCCCAUGCAUUGUUUGUGCCGAGAUCUAGAACUUGACUGUGAUGAAGCCAAUUUACGAGCUGUCCCAUCAGUUUCUUCCAAUGUGACUGUAAUGUCCCUGCAGAGGAACUUCAUAAGAACACUCCCUCCCAAUGGCUUCAGGAAGUACCAUGAGCUGCAGAAGCUGUGCCUGCAAGACAAUAAGAUUCACUCCGUAAGCGUCUCUGCCUUCAGAGGACUGCACAGCCUCACUAAACUGUACCUCAGUCAUAACAGAAUAACCUUCCUAAAGCCAGGGGUUUUUGAAGAUCUCCACCGGCUGGAAUGGCUGAUCAUUGAAGACAAUCACCUCAGUCGAAUUUCUCCACUCACGUUUUACGGACUAAACUCUCUCAUCCUCUUAGUGCUGAUGAAUAAUGCCCUCACACGUUUGCCUGACAAACCCCUCUGUCAACACAUGCCCCGGCUGCACUGGCUGGACUUUGAAGGCAACCAUAUCCAUAAUUUAAGGAACUUGACUUUUAUUUCCUGCAAUAAUUUAACUGUUUUGGUAAUGAGGAAAAACAGAAUCAGUCACUUAAAUGAACAUGCAUUUACACACCUCCAGAAACUAGAUGAAUUGGAUUUAGGAAGUAAUAAGAUUGAAAAUCUUCCGCCGAACAUAUUUAAGGAUCUGAAGGAGCUGUCACAACUAAAUAUUUCUUAUAACCCAAUCCAGAAAAUUGAAGUACAUCAAUUUGACUAUCUUGCCAAACUCAAGUCUCUCAGCCUUGAAGGAAUAGAAAUUUCAAAUAUCCAACAAAGGAUGUUUAGACCUCUCAUAAAUCUCUCUCACAUAUACUUUAAGAAAUUUCAGUACUGUGGAUAUGCCCCACACGUGCGCAGCUGUAAGCCCAACACGGAUGGGAUUUCGUCGCUUGAGAACCUCUUGGCAAGCAUCAUCCAGAGAGUCUUUGUCUGGGUUGUAUCUGCCAUCACUUGCUUCGGAAACAUUUUUGUUAUUUGUAUGCGACCAUACAUCAGAUCUGAGAACAAGCUGCAUGCCAUGUCCAUCAUUUCUCUCUGCUGUGCUGACUGCCUAAUGGGAGUGUAUUUAUUUGUGAUUGGUGCCUUUGACCUCAAGUUUCGGGGAGAGUACAACAAGCACGCACAACCGUGGAUGGAGAGUGUUCAUUGUCAGUUCAUGGGGUCGUUGGCCAUUCUGUCCACAGAAGUAUCCGUUUUACUCUUAACAUUUCUGACAUUGGAAAAGUACAUCUGCAUUGUGUAUCCUUUUCGGUGUUUAAGGCCUCGAAAAUGCAGAACAAUCAUGGUUCUGAUUUUCAUUUGGAUUAUUGGGUUCAUAGUGGCUUUUGCUCCACUUGGCAAUAAGGAAUUUUUCAAAAACUACUAUGGCACCAAUGGAGUAUGCUUUCCUCUUCAUUCAGAAGACACGGGAAGUACUGGAGCCCAGAUUUAUUCAGUGGUAAUUUUUCUUGGUAUUAACCUGGUGGCAUUUAUCAUCAUUGUGUUCUCCUAUGGAAGCAUGUUUUACAGUGUUCAUCAAAGCACCAUAACAGUAACGGAGAUACAGAAGCAAGUGAAGAAGGAGAUGGUCCUCGCCAAACGCUUUUUCUUUAUCGUGUUUACCGAUGCGCUGUGCUGGAUUCCCAUUUUUAUACUGAAAUUUCUUUCACUGCUUCAGGUGGAAAUACCAGAUUCUAUUACCUCUUGGGUGGUGAUUUUUAUUCUGCCUAUCAACAGUGCUUUGAACCCAAUUAUCUACACGUUGACCACUAGACCUUUCAAAGAAAUGAUCCAUCAACUCUGGCACAACUACAGACAAAGAAGGUCUGUUGUCAGAAAAGGGACUCAGAAAGCAUAUGCGCCAUCGUUCAUCUGGGUGGAAAUGUGGCCCUUGCAGGAGAUGUCCACUGAGUUCACGAAGCCGGAUGCUUUCACAGACCCCUGUGAUCUGUCGCUAGUUUCUCAGUCAUCUAGACUCAAUUCUUAUUCGUAACUGUAUCUUAUUCUCAAGAAUACUGUUGAAGUG